UCAAAUGGUAGAUAUUACUCAUUCCAAUCCGUCAUGUGAUCACGCGCAGUGCAACUUUACACGCUUUGCCACCGCACCCUCAGACGACGCAUCCGCAUCCGCCCACACCCAUACCCAUUUCUCUUCCAUCACUACCACCACCAUCAUCCAUCAUCACCACCCAUUUCGAACAUACUGGCAACAGAAAACCGUAGCAAAUACGACGACGACGACAAUGAGUGCUGAAGAUCCGCAAGAAGGCUCUCAGCUCGAUGACACUGCUUCGCAGUUCGGAGGUCCCGGGGCUCCUACGCCGCUAGCCCAGCUCGAGGGGAAUGGCAUCAGUGCGCGCGACAUCAAGACAAUCAUCGAGGCGGGCUACAACACCGUCGAGUCGAUCGCCUACACACCGAAGCGGGCGCUCCUGACGAUCAAGGGGAUAUCGGAAGCGAAGGCCGACAAGCUGAUCCUGGAGGCGUCGAAGCUCGUUCCGAUGGGGUUCACGACGGCGACGGAAAUGCACCAUCGCCGGAGCGAGCUGAUUUCCGUCACCACGGGGUCGAAGCAGCUCGAUACCCUCCUGGCCGGUGGCGUCGAGACCGGAAGUAUAACCGAGAUCUUUGGUGAGUUUCGAACGGGAAAAUCGCAGAUUUGUCAUACGCUGGCGGUCACCUGCCAGUUGCCGUUCGAUAUGGGCGGCGGUGAGGGGAAGUGCCUCUUCAUCGAUACCGAGGGCACGUUUCGUCCGGUGCGGUUGUUGGCGGUCGCGAACAGGUUCGGCCUGAACGGCGAGGAGGUCCUGGAUAAUGUUGCGUAUGCGAGGGCGUACAACUCGGACCAUCAGCUGCAGCUGCUCAACCAAGCGGCGGCGAUGAUGACCGAAACCCGGUUCUCGUUGCUGGUGGUAGAUUCCGCGACGUCGCUCUAUCGUACCGAUUUUGCAGGCAGAGGAGAGCUCUCGGCCCGCCAGGCGCAUCUGGCGAAGUUCAUGCGGACACUGCAGAGACUUGCGGACGAGUUUGGAAUUGCCGUUGUCAUCACCAACCAAGUCGUCGCGCAGGUCGACGGCGGUGGAAUGUUCAACCCCGACCCGAAGAAGCCGAUCGGUGGUAACAUCAUUGCCCACGCAUCCACCACCAGAUUGUAUCUGCGCAAAGGAAGAGGAGAGACCCGAGUAUGCAAGAUUUACGAUUCACCGUGCUUACCUGAGUCGGAGUGCAUGUUUGCCAUUCACGAGGACGGCAUUGGCGAUCCUUCGCCGAAGGACAUGGAGAGCUGAUUAGAUCUCUUGGCGGACUGGGACUGGCGAUUGUUUUCUUGCUAUGUGCUUGUCUUGAUGAACUCACGAAUAAUUUUGCUGCUGUAGGAAGCGUAAAAGGGAAAUGGAGUUUCUUUGGCUGCUUUGUACUGUACUUUACUUUGACCAAUCGAAUCGAU